AUGUCAUGUCUGGUUCCGAACCUCGGUUCAAACCUGAACCUUUCCGAACUGGACGCAUGGUCCGGUCCAAGGUUCGGCCAAGACUCAGAACUGAACCUUUCUGGAGGUUUGGGGUUCAGGCUGGUAGUGAAUAGGCAUGUGUCUGGAACCACAGGUUUGGGCCAUCGGGAUUGCACCAUCACAAAUUCAUGUUCAAACACUAACUUAAUAGCACUCAAGUAUUGUCUCAUGCAGCAUCAAGGGCGUCAAUGCCUCGUCAGCAACCAUUGGGUUAUCGCAAAUGAUUCCGAGGUCUUCCCAGAACCACACAAGUUUAAUCCUCAGCGUUGGAUUGACGAUGCAGGUCAUAUGCACGGUGAUCUCAAGUCUUUCACUUUUGGUUUUGGCCAUCGGAAGCAGUUGAACACCUACGACUCAAGGAAAAAGAUUCAAGCGAUGCUACCGAGCCCAGUCAUGGAUCAAGAAAAUGGGGAGGUACAAAUUUCUCAGCUUGACCAUGGUGGAUCCGAUACUUACUUCUGUACUCAGCAAGAAAACGAUGUUGAGAUGGAUGACUCUGAUGAAGAACUCGGCCAUAUAUCAAUCAAAGCAUCCAAGGUGCCUGUCUCUACCUAGUUACUAGGCGCCCAACCUACAAUUGGAUCCAAAGUCAGCGAGUGGUUCAUCAACCGUUCGAAAUACAUCCCUCUUCGACU